AUGUUCACAAUCCCCACCACCACCAUCGUCAUCAUAGACAACGGGCUCGGGAACAAGAAGAACUGUGCUUGCAGGCAGCAUUUGGCAAGAAAGCAAAAGGCAGCAGCGUACCGCGAGCGCGUUGAUGCUGCGCUGAGCAGAGAUGAGGGUGCACUACCGCCGCUCCAGCUGUAUGAGGUGGUGCGCAUGCUGCUGCGCGUGUUUGAUCCCGCCCACGACCGCGACCGCUUCCACACUACAGCCAAGAUUAUCCUGCGAGGCGUGUUUGCUGCCGGCAGUGACAGUGCCAAUGCCCUCAACUCGUACUUCUCUCUCAUCCUCAACAAAGCUGUGCUCCAAGGCUGGAUCGCGCAGGUGAAGGCGUUGAUGCGAGUGGCGAGCGACGUGCUGGUGAACCUUCGUGACCGAAGAGACGACCACGCCCUUGCCCACACCAGCGCCACCCUCCUCCUCACAUGCCUCGACCACGAGCGAUGGAAGCUGCCUAUGGACCCCGCCAAGGCGGCCGUGUUCCGAGUCAUUGCCGGCUCUUUCCUGACCACGCUCGACAAGCCACACGUCUUUGCCGCCCUCAAGGGGUAUCUGGACAUGUGCUUGGCUGCGCCAAAGUCGCGGUGUCAGCCGCCAACAAUGGCCGUCAUUGUUGCUCUCCUCAACAGGCUCCUCUCCUCCACCAAGGACAAAGACGCCACCCUCAACGCAUUCUGCCUAUCCAUGAUGCAAGUGCCCACGGUCAUGGCCGAAAUCAAACUCUCCACCUUCACUGCAAAGGAAGACGUCCUCCAAUACGCCAUCCAUCACACACAGGCGCUUGUGGGCGCACUCUCUGAUGACGGCAAUGCAGCCCUGUUCUUUCUCGGAAACACAUGCUCGCUCUUCGACGCACAGACCACAAUCAAGCACACAGAUGUGCAGGACUUGAUGUCGGCGUGUGUGGAGUGCUGUCUCAACUUCACUCGGAAACACCAAACCAGGUCUGCCAAAUCCACGAAAUCCUCCUCCACCUCCUCCGAGCACCCUCUGCUCGGGUGGUACCGUGGCCACACCGCUCGCGGACACCUCGACGCAAUGCCGCGCGUGCUGGGCCAGCUGCGCUCGCUCUGGUCCCCGCUCGCUGUGCGCACGCGAUUUGAGGACGUGUGGACGGAGACGGAGCGGCUGCGGGGGCACAACCCGAAGGACGGUGGGCUGCAGACCCUCGGCAAGUUAACACACCAGCAGCCACCAUCGUCAUCAUCAUCACCAUCAUCAUCGUCAGCGUCGUCAUCGUCGUCGGCAAAGCCCUCGUUGGCCUCAUCCGCAACAUCCCCAAGACCAACAGCAGCCAACGCUACAACCACCGCAUCUGCACCAACGCCAGCAUCAUCCUCAUCCUCGUUAUCCUCAUCGUGGUGGGCGCCAUCUGCGUUGCGACUGCGCCAAAUCUUCCAAAUGACAUCGUCGUCACACCGGUUUGUGGAUAAGGCGGCGAGUGAGCGCGUGGCGCGGGCGUGUGCGUUCUACCAGUCCCUGUACACGACCAUCAAAGUGGCAAACCAGGAGGUGCUGGGCGCCAUCGCCUUCAACCUUGACCUUGUGCCGCGCCUGUGGACCUUCAUGCACCACAUUGGGCCCAAGGGAAACAUGGCCGUGUUCAUGGCGGUUGCUGCUGCCGCCGCUUCCGGUGGGCUGGAGCGUGACCCACUCGUCGCCUGUCUGGAGGUGGCGUGCGACGCCACACGCAUCCUGCUCACCGUUGUUGACGAUGGCGAGAUGUUUGGCGCAGCAUCCGCAACAGGAGGAACAGGCGCAGGAACAACAGGAACGGGCAGCGGUCCUCUCUCGGCGGAGCACCUCAUCCUCAUCUCGGCGUUCCUGAACAGAUUCAUGUACUCUGUCAUAUGGGACCAUGGCCUCUCCCUCAGCACCAUGGCCAAACACAGCGACCGCCACCACCACGCGCGCGCCACGACGCUCCUGCGCAGCUGUACACGCCUCAUCCGCCUCAUUCGCGACUUGGACGACCGGCAGCAGUUUGCGCCGCAGAACCACUGGCUGCUCAAGCAGGCGCGCCCACGCACCAUCACUGCACAGUACAUCAAGGAGGCCACUGCUGCUGGUGGUGGUGGUGGUGGUGGCAGUGGUGGUGGUGAUGCGGCUGGUGAUCGUGCCCACACGCUGCUGCGGUUCCUUCCACACCUGGUGCCCUUUCGCGAGCGCGUGAAGCUGCUGCGUCAACUGCUGGACCACCACCGCCAACGGUACCUCUCGGCACUGCCCCAGUUCCGCACGGACCCGAUGGCCAAGAUCAGGCGCACCGCCGUGCUCACAGACGGGUUCCGCGAGAUUCGGCAGUUGGGACCGGACGCCCUCCGCGACAAUGUGCGUGUUGUGUUUAUCAACGAGCAGGGCCUCCCCGAGGCCGGCAUUGACGAGAGGGGAUUGUUCAAGGAGUUUCUGGAGCAGACGCUCAAGGCAGGGUUUGAUCCAGAGUUUGGGCUGUUCACGGCAACGCCAGAGGGCAACAACACGCUGUAUCCCUCGCCCACGAGCAGCGUGCACGAGAACCACCUGCAGCUGUUUGAGUACCUUGGUCGCAUGGUGGGCAAGAUGAUCUACGACGGGAUGGUGGUGGAGCUGCCGCUCGCCCCGUUCUUCUGCAACAGCAUAUUGGGCAUCAGCAACACGCUGCGUGACCUCCCUGCCCUCGAUCCAGACCUGGCCCGCAACCUGCAGUUUGUCAAGACGUACGAGGGCGACGUGAGCGACCUCGGGCUGUGUUUUGCUGUUGACGAUGAAGUGUUUGGGCACCACGUGACCGUCCCGCUGCGGCCCGGCGGCAGCGCCAUCGACGUCACCAACGACAAUCGCAUCCUGUACGUGCACUUGCUCGCCGACUACCGCCUCAACAAGCAGCUCGACAAGCAGAACCAGGCGUUUGCGCGCGGCCUCACGCACAUGGUGCCGCGGCACUGGCUGCGGCUGUUCACGGCGCCUGAGCUGCAGCGUCUCAUCUCUGGGGACAACGCCCCCCUGGACAUCAACGACCUGAAGCGGAACGCGCAGUACAUUGGCGGCUACACGGCGAGCCACCGCAUGAUCAAGUGGCUGUGGGAGGUGGUGGGCCGGGACUUUUCUCGCGAGGAGCAGCAGAUGUUUCUUCGCUUCGUCACCAGCAGCUCCAAGGCGCCUGUGCUCGGGUUUGCCACGCUGCAGCCGCCAUUCACCGUGCGCUGCAUGAACGAGGGCGACAGGGAGGAGGUGGUCACCGUUGGGGGCGUUCUCGCCAACUUCUUUUCCCGCGGCACAGACACGGCGCGCCUUCCGUCUGCAUCCACCUGCUUCAACCUCCUCAAGCUGCCCACGUACAAGUCAAAGAAAGCCCUGCGAGAGAAGCUGCGUUAUGCAAUCUCCCAAGGGGCGGGGUUCGAAAUGGCAUGA